UCAUCCAAGAUGUCGCUGCUUAAAGUUAUUCUCAUAACCACCUUUUUGAGAUUACUUCUGGCUAAGCCUGAGACAAUCAUUAAACAAUUGACUACGAAACUAAAAAUUAAAACCCACAUCUACUUUGGCUUUACUGCAGAAUCUUUUGAAGAAAUAAAUUUAGAUAUUAAUCAACCAAAAUUGUUGAUUUUUAACAACAUAAGUGAAGAACUUAAAAAGUAUCACGACGAACCAGUGCUUGUUAUAAUGCAACUUGAAAAGGAUUUAGAUUUUAAUCUGGCAGCAGUGGAUGUGAUAAAAUCCUAUCUCACAGAUAGACAAUACAACAAUAUAAUGCUUAUAGGUAGAGAUUCUGAAAAGGUGAUCAGCUAUUGGGAAAUUGGUAAAGCUUACUGGGAUGCAGGCUUUCCCUAUGUGCUAAUUUAUGACUUGCAAGAACAACUUUGGUCAAUGAAGCCCUAUCCUUACUUGGAGAUAAUAUCUACAAACUUAGAAGAAUAUAUAAAGGACAGAAAUAAUCGGAAUCUAAUGGGUUAUCCAGUGCGUGUUUUAGUGACCAAUGAUCCACCUCAUUGCUUUGUAGAUAAAGAUGAACUACCUGGCUCCCCAAAUCGCUAUAAAGGAAGUAUAAUCACGAUAUUCAAAAUAUUUGCCGAUCAUCUGAAUGCCACCUUUCAAGCUGUACCCUUUCCAGGACUUCGACGCUAUAAUACGGCAGAAUGUUUGCAGAUGGUGAAAGAUAAUGAAACCGAUGCCUGUGGCAGUAUCUUUAUAAGGACCUAUAAAUAUGCCACCAGUCAGCCAGUUCGGCUGAAUCGUGUGGCUAUAAUGGCGCCAUUUGGCAACCCCAUCGAGAAGUUCUACUAUUUCUUCAGACCAUUUGACUUGUACGUUUGGAUCGGUACUGGGUCUAUAGUGGUCUAUAUAUGGGUAAUGGGUUCGUUGCUCCAUCGCUGGCAUUUCAAGGAAUGGGAUGUGGGCCAGUACCUCCUGCUGGCCAUGGAAACACUGCUGAACCGCGAACUAUCUUUGCCGCAGUCAUCGAGUGUCACCAAAUUGAUGUUACUUCUUCUGCUCUUUGCCUUUGGUUUUAUUUUAUCCAAUUUAUAUGUGGCACUGUUAUCCAUGAUGUUGACCACCAAACUAUACCAAAGACCCAUAGAAAACUUGGCUGACCUCAAGGCAGCCAAUGUCAGUAUACUGCUGCAAACUCACAAUCUUCGACCAAGUUCAGUUUAUGGAAGUUCCAAGGAGUUAAGGGAGAGAUUCCUUCUGGUAGAAGAGUCCCUGCAUCAGGAGAAAAGAGAUGGCUUGGAUCCAAGUUACGCCUAUGUGGACUCGGAGGAUAGAAUGGAUUUCUAUCUAUAUCAGCAGAAAUUCCUGCGAAGACGACGGAUGAAGAAGUUAUCAAAUCCAGUGGGUUACACCUGGGCCGUUCAGGUUAUCAAACAAAAUUGGGUUCUAGAAAAAUACUACAAUGACCAUAUCCAACGCCUGUUUGAGACUGGCUUGCAGAAUAAACUGGUGGAUGAUGUCCACGAGUUGGCCAUUAGAGCUGGCUUCCUGCACUUCUUUCCCACUCAAACACAAACUAUCGAGCCACUGCGACUCGAGGAUAUUGUGAUGGCUGCCAUGGUCUUGGGCGGCGGACACGCCCUCGCCGGAAUCUGUUUCCUGGGCGAGCUGCUCGCCUAA